AUGUCUGCUUCGCGAAUCAUCAGUCGUUUGACGCGACCUGCGCCAGCAUCAUUCAACACGCGCUUGGCCUCGGCAAUCAACCGUUCGUUUGGCACGACGGCUCUUCGCUUCAAGAACCCCGAAGACGCGUACACAGGAAAGCUCGAACAUUUCACAGGUGGUCGGCAGGACCAGGGGCCGCAGAAGCCCGAAUUGGAGGUGGGAGAGAUGGAGGGCAUCAAAUUCAAGGUCGAGCCAUUGAAGAGAGCUGGCGAGGAUGCUACAACCAUGCGAGCCCGGCUACUAUACCAAAGCCGCAAGCGCGGCAUCCUUGAAUCCGACCUCCUCCUCUCUACCUUUGCCGACGUCUACCUGCGCAACAUGAGCCACGCCCAGUUGCAAGAGUAUGACCGCUUCCUGGACGAGAAUGACUGGGACAUCUAUUACUGGGCAACGCAAGACCCGCCCUCCGAGGUUCCCGAGGCGGCCAAACCUCCUAAGGAGGACACAGUCACGGAGACGUGGAAGAACACCGGCGCCAAGAGUGGCGAGUGGGCGCAGACAAUCGGCGCAUUCAAGGCGGCAUACCGGCCUGUUCCAUCGCGGUGGAGUGACUCGGAGGUGCUGCGGCUGCUAAGGGCGCAUGUGCGCGAUAAGAGUGCAACUGGCUUUGAGUCCGCGAAGAAUAAGAAGACUGGUGGUGGCGGUGGUUUGGGCCGGAUGCCUAAUGUGCAGGUCUUCAACUAA